AUGUGCCACACUGCACGCUGGAACGCGGGCAGCAACGCCAGCAGCAACAGCAAGGACGGUGAGAAGGAGGCCGGUGGUACGGGGAGCCUGACGUCGUUGCUGGAGGGCAUCAUGGAGGUGAAGAAGUCGGCCAGCGCGCAGCAGGAGAACAGCUUCAAGCAGCUGGAGCAGCUGUUCAAGGACAACGACAAGGACCACUUCCUGAUCCCCAUGGGCGGCGCAGAGGAGAUUGGCAUGAACUGCAACCUGUACGUGCACAAGAACCGCUUCCUCAUGGUCGAUCUCGGCGUGAACCUCACCAACAUCGGCAACGGCUCCACGGCCAUCAUGCCAGACCUCGACUACGUCAUGCGCAACAAGCACAAGCUCGUCGCCCUGGUCAUCACCCACGCCCACGAGGACCACAUUGGCGCCGUGGCCACGCUCUGGCCAGACCUCAAGUGCCCGCUCUACUGCACAAAGUUCACGGCGGAGAUGAUCCGCGCCCGCCUCCCGCCAAACGUCAGGAUCCCUCCCCUGCACAUCAUCGACCAGAAGACAAAGGUGACCACAAAGCCCUUCAGCUUCACCCUGCAGCACAUGACGCACUCCAUCCCGGAGUCGCACGCCGUCAUCCUGCACACGGAGCAAGGGCACAUCGUGCACACGGGCGACUGGAAGCACGACUCUGCACCCUUGCUGGGCCCGCCAUUCGACUACGCAGCCAUGAACAAGCUCGGCGAGGAAGGCGUGCUUGCCGUUGUCGGCGACUCGACCAACGCCGUCGUGGAGGGCGAGUCGGUGCCCGAGUCCGAGGUGCAGCGCGGCCUGCGCGAGCGCCUGCUGAAGGUGGAGCCUGACCGGCAGUGCGUGCUCACCUGCUUCUCGUCCAGCGUCUCCCGCGUCGGUAUUGCGCUCGACUGCGCGCCGCAGAUGAAUCGUCGGCCAGCGCUCAUGGGCCACGCCAUGCUCACCACCAGCGGCAUUGCGCACGACUGCGGCUACCUGCCCACACUCCCCUCCACCCGCGGCCUCCACGAGGUGGUGACCAAGCACGCGCCCGCGCAGUGCCUGAUGCUUGCCACGGGGUGCCAGGGCGAGCCCGCUGCUGCGCUGUCACGCAUGGCGUCUGGCGACCACCCAAUUGUGCACCUUGGCCCAGACGACGUCGUCAUCUUCUCGUCGCGCGUCAUCCCCGGCAACGAGUUGGACGUGCAGCGCGUGGUGAACCAGCUCAAGCGCCGCGGUGUGCGCAUCAUCCGUGAUGGCGAGGACGGGGUGCCGACACACGCCUCUGGCCACGCAUAUCGGGGUGAUAUCCGCAUGCUGCUGUCGCGGCUUCGCCCGCAGAUGGUCGUGCCCGUGCACGGCGAGUACCUGCACUUGGAGGAGCAUUGCAGCCUGGCGCGGGAGCAGGGGGUCAAGCACACCAUCAUCCCUCGCAACGGCAACGUCAUCCACCUCCACCCGCACGAAGGCCCGAAGGUUGUUGGGCAGGUGAAUGCAGGUCAACUUGUGAUGGACGGGCGACUGCUGCGUCGCAUGGACUCGCCCAUCAUGCAGGAUCGCAUGACGCAACAGGCGCAGGGGGCGUGUUUCAUCACCGUCGUCCUGUCUGCGGACAACCAACUCCUUGUUCCGCCCGUGCUCUCCCACCGCGGCCUCAUUGACAAGACAGAGACGCAGCUGCAGCAGCAGUUCGUGGCGCUCUCCGACAUGCUUGGCGAGGAGCUGUCUGGGCUCAACAGUCCGCCGGACAGCGUGAUCCAGGGUGUGGCGCAGGCAGCCGUGAUGGGGUUCUGCCAGCGGCGACUGGGCAAGCGGCCCGUGUGCGAGGUGCACAUUGUCAGGCAGAGCAUGUGA